GACACAGGGAAAGGUUCUACUCUUCAACUACAAAUUACAACAAGUGUCAUCUGCACGCGCCACUCAUGUGGCGGUCCACGUGCGUAGCCACGCGUGUGGCUCUGGAUCAAAAAGAAAAAACUGGACCUUCAACAUUCCCAAAAACAAAGAGAAAGAUAUUAUUAUUAUCAUCAAAAUGAACGACGCGCGGAGAAGAAAGACCAGGAUUGAAGCGAGUGAAACAAAGCGAGUGGAUUUUAAACCCUAAUUUCUUCCCAUUCUUUCACUUUGAUGCUGUUCCCCACUCGCGCUUUCUCUCACUCGCCGUGCUUUCGGCUUCGUCUCUCCGAUUCUACUACGCCCGCAAUUCAGGAUGGACAGAAGUCAAAAUCCAGUUGAAAUUGUUAUGAAUUCUCGAGACAAUGCAAAUGGUGUUAGGAUGAAUGGAAAGAUGAUUGAUGUUGUGGAUGGGGUGCAUAGCAGAGAUGCUGGACUUGUCAGGUCUCCUAAAAGAGACCUUGUAAUGUUUGGAGGGGAUACAGAUUUUGAACCCCGCAAUGGCAUCGAGUUUGAAUCAAAUGAGGCAGCAUACUCAUUUUAUCAAGAAUAUGCCAAGUCUAUGGGAUUCACAACUUCCAUAAAAAACAGUCGACGUUCGAAGAAGUCAAAAGAGUUUAUUGAUGCCAAAUUUGCAUGUUCUAGAUAUGGUGUGACACCAGAAUCCGAUGGUGGUAGUAGUCGGCGUCCAAGUGUCAAAAAGACGGACUGCAAAGCCAGCAUGCAUGUGAAGCGAAGGUCAGAUGGAAAGUGGAUAAUUCAUGAAUUUAUAAAGGAACAUAAUCAUGAACUUUUACCUGCUCUAGCAUAUCAUUUUCGGAUUCAUAGGAAUGUAAAGUUAGCUGAAAAGAAUAAUAUUGACAUUUUGCACGCUGUUAGUGAACGAACUAGAAAGAUGUAUGUUGAGAUGUCUAGAAAAUCUGGCGGAUAUCAAAAUGCUGGGUCUGUUCGAGCUGAGAUGAAUUUUCAGUUUGAUAAAGGCCGCUAUUUGGGUCUUGAUGAGGGAGAUGCUCAAGUUAUGCUAGAGUAUUUCAAGCGUAUCCAGAAGGAGAAUCCCAACUUUUUCUUUGCGAUUGAUUUAAAUGAAGAGCAGCGUUUAAGAAACUUGUUUUGGGUUGAUGCAAAAAGUAGGACUGAUUAUGUCAGUUUCAAUGAUGUUGUUUCAUUUGAGACGUCUUACAUUAAAAUCAACGAUAAAUUGCCAUUUGCUCCUUUUGUUGGGGUGAACCACCACUUUCAGUCCAUGUUACUUGGUUGUGCAAUGGUUGCAGAUGAGACUAAAUCAACAUUUGUGUGGUUAAUGAAGACAUGGCUUAGAGCAAUGCAUGGGCAAGCUCCCAAAGUAAUUAUUACUGAUCAGGACAAAGCUCUAAAGGUAGCCAUUGAAGAAGUUUUCCCAGACACACGUCACUGCUAUUCUCUUUGGCAAAUAUUGGAAAAGAUCCCGGAAACUCUUGCUCAUGUAAUCAAACUGCAUGAAAAUUUCUUGCCUAAGUUCCACAAGUGCAUCUUUCAAUCAUCCACAAGUGAGCAGUUUGACAUGAGAUGGUGGAAAAUGGUCACUAGAUUUGAACUACAGGAUGAUGAAUGGAUUCGAACGCUAUAUGAUGAUCGUAAAAAAUGGGUGCCUUCUUGUCUGGGGGAUACUUUUUUUGCUGGCAUGUGUACUACUCAGCGAUCUGAAAGUAUGAAUUCCUUCUUUGACAAAUACAUACAUAAAAAGAUUACUUUGAAAGAGUUUGUGAAACAGUAUGGGGCAAUUCUACAAAACAGGUACGAAGAGGAAGAAAUUGCGGAUUUUGAUACACUGCACAAACAACCGGCAUUGAAAUCCCCUUCCCCUUGGGAGAAACAAAUGUCAACAGUUUAUACUCAUGCUGUAUUUAAGAAAUUCCAAGUUGAGGUUUUGGGUGUGGUUGGCUGCCAGCCAAAAAAGGAAAGCGGAGAUGAAACCACUAGCAUAUUUAGAGUUCAAGACUGUGAAAAGGAUGAAUACUUUUUUGUAACAUGGAAUGAAACAAAGUCAGAUGUUUCUUGUUCCUGUCAUUUGUUUGAAUACAAGGGUUUCCUUUGUAGGCAUGCGCUAAUUGUUCUCCAAAUGUGUGGCCUCUCUAGCAUUCCACCUCAAUAUAUUUUGAAAAGGUGGACGAAAGAUGCGAAAGGCAGGCAAUCAACAGCUGAAGGAACGGGAAGAAUACAGAGUAGGGUGCAACGCUACAAUGAAUUAUGUAAGUGGGCCAUUGAACUGAGUGAAGAAGGAUCGUUAUCUGAAGACACCUAUAAUGUUGCUUUCCGUGCACUAGUGGAGGCUUUGAAGAACUGUGUUAAUGUGAAUAAUUCCAUCAAUACUGCUGCAGAAUCUAGCAGCAAUUUUCUUACUAUUUGUGAAACUGAAGAAGAGAACCAAGGAAGCCUUGCGACUAAAACGGUUAGGAAGAGGAAUACAAAUAGGAAAAGGAAGGUACAAGCAGAGCCUGAUCCUACACUAGUUGAGGCACAAGACAGCUUACCACAAAUGGAUAAUUUAAGCUCAGAUGGUAUAACUCUAAAUGGAUAUUAUGGUGCUCAACAGAAUGUGCAAGGACUGUUGAAUUUGAUGGAGCCACCCAAUGACAGCUACUACGUUAAUCCACAGAGUAUGCAGGGGCUGGUAUGGCAUGCUAAAGGACAGCUCAAUUCAAUAGCACCUGGCCACGAUGGUUAUUUUGGUACUCAACAAAGUAUUCACGGGCUGGCGCAACUAGAUUUUCGUCCACAAACUAGCUUUAGCUACAGCUUGCCGGAUGACCAGCGUUUAAGAUCUUCGCAGUUGCAUGGUAGCAGUUCCAGACAUCCAUGAGGACGAUGUUGUCUUUCAUGGAAGCUGCAAUAACAGUUGCAUGUUGGAUUUGGUUGACGUUUUACCACAGAAUGAUAUGCUGAAUAGUAAUCAAGCAAGGAACAUUACUCUAAUGGAAGGUAGAUAACUUUGUGUUUAUGAUAUAGGAACUGAAUCAUCAUUUUCAGAAUUUAGGUUGACUAUCUGACCUGCGUCAAAGAGGCCUUUGAAGAGGCAAAGAUAAGAGGUGUUAGAUUUACUGUUGCGGCAUAGUUGAGGUGUAGUUUGUAUACAUCAAAAGAAUUUAUGUCUUGUAUUACCAAAUGUUGGUCAAGCAAUUAGGAAGUUGAGAUAAAUGUGUGGAGGAGGAAGUUGGGUUCUUGUUUUCGCUGUUGACAAAAAGAAAAAAAAAUCCUAGUCUUAUUUCUUGCACAUUUCAGAUCUCAAUUUUGCAAGUUGUACUAUAGUAACCUUUGUAUAAUAACACCUUACAUUGCUAAGUCAAAAAGAUGUUGAAGUCAA